GUGGAAGGAGACGGGAGCCGAGCGCGCGGCGGCGGCGGUGCCACUUGGUCCCCGCGGGAGGGCAAGAAGGGGGACCGAAACUUCGCGCAGGAAUGUCAUGCUCCGGGAUGAACUAAGGAACAAAGGAACUUUUGCCUGAGUGAUGGAAGGGGGGAAGUCUGUGAUUCUUAACAUGGAAGAGUCUUAUCACCUCCCUCUGGAAAAGCAUCCAAGCCCGGCGAAUGGCAACCCGGAACAAUUUCAUUCAGCAGAUGAAAGCUCCAACUCAGAGGAGGCUGAUUUCAAUUGGGACGAAUACCUGGAAGAGUCAGAAUCCACAGCUGCUCCACAUUCUUUAUUUAAGCACGUGGAAAUCAGCCUUCAGAGCAGUUUGCAACCUGGUAUGAAACUCGAGGUGGCCAACAAGCACAACGUGGACACAUACUGGGUGGCAACCACCAUCACCACGUGUGGCCAGCUGCUGCUGCUGCGCUACUGUGGCUAUGAAGAUGACCGCCGGGCUGACUUCUGGUGCGAUGUGAUGACCGCUGACCUCCACCCCGUGGGCUGGUGCACUCAGAAUGGGAAAGUGCUGAUGCCCCCCAACGCUAUCAAAGAGAAAUACUCGGACUGGACGGAGUUUCUCAUCCGUGAUUUGACGGGCUCGCGAACAGCGCCUGCAAAUCUGCUAGAAGGCCCUCUGCGAGGGAAAAAUGCUGUAGACCUCAUUACGGUUGAUUCCUUAAUAGAGCUGCAAGACGUCCAGAGUCCCUUUCAGUUCUGGGUAGUUAGCGUGGUUGAGAACAUUGGCGGAAGAUUGCGCCUUCGCUAUGCAGGAUUGGACGAAACAGACUCCUAUGACCAGUGGCUGUUUUACUUGGACUGUAGACUUCGACCAGUUGGCUGGUGUCAAGAGAAUAAAUACCAGCUGGACCCACCUGCAGAAAUCUCUUCUCUGAAGACUGCAUCUGAAUGGCGGACGGCCCUGGACACAGCUCUGACCGAGGCAGGAAAGCGUUCCCUUCCCAUGGAAGUGUUUAAGGACCAUGCCGACUUGAGGAACCAUUCGUUUACAGUGGGGACGAAGUUGGAAGUGGUGGAUCGACGAGAACCAGGCACAAUUUGCCCUGCCACGAUAACUAAGGUUUUCAACAACCAUUUCGUGCAAGUCAGUCUUGACGAUCUCCGUCCCGAAGCAAGCGAAACGUCGAUGCUUUGCCACGCCGAUUCCCUGGGGAUCAUGCCCGUGCAGUGGUGCCUUAAAAAUGGAGUUCAUCUCACCCCUCCCAAAGGUUAUUCUAAUCCAGAUUUCGACUGGGCAGACUACCAGAAGCAAUGCGGAGCAGAGGCAGCCCCUGAGUCCUGCUUCAGAAAUUCUUCUAUUGGCGCCUUUCAGGCAUCCUGUAGCCGAGCUUUUAUGAAAAACAUGAUGCUUGAGGCCGUGAACCCCCGGAAUCCAGCCGAGAUCUGUGUGGCGUCCAUCACUUCUGUGAAAGGCAGGCUGAUGUGGCUCUGUUUUGAAGGUCUACCCCAUGUGCCUGCUUCCGAAUAUAUAGUUGAUGUGGAAUCGAUGGACAUUUUCCCGGUGGGCUGGUGUGAAGCAAAUGGUUACAAGCUCUUGGCACCGCAUAAAACCACUGUGCAAAGGAAGAGAAAAAUUGCAGUAGUCCAGCCGGAAAAGCAGUUACCAGCUGGAGGGCCUGUUGAGAAAAUUCAGGAUCCUCAUGGCAUUCCCCAGACGGACACGAUGGGAACCAUCAAUGGGCGAUACAACUGCCCCGCACUCUUCAUCAAUCAUCGCUGUUUCUCAGGCCCACAUCUCAACAAAGGCAGGUUGGCAGAACUGCCGCAGUCCGUUGGGCCAGGCAAGUGUGUCCUGGUUCUUAAAGAGGUCCUUCGCAUGGUGGUCAACUCUGCCUACAAGCCCGGGAGCAUUUUGCGGGAGUUGCAGCUUGUCGAUGACCCCAGAUGGAACUUCCAGGAAGAGAAUCUCAAAGCAAAAUACCGAGGGAAAACGUACAGGGCCACAGUCAAGAUAGUUCGUACAUCUGACCAAGUCCCCGAUUUCUGCCGGAGGGUGUGUGCUAAGCUGGAAUGCUGCCCCAAUUUAUUCAGCCCUGUUCCGGUUACUGAACGCUGCCCUGAAAACUGUUCCAGUCACACCAAAACAAAAUACGCAUACUAUUAUGGAAAAAGGAGGAAAGUUAUUAAACCUCCCCCCAGUGAGAAAAACACUUACAGCCUGGGGAACAGACGCAACAUGCCAUCUGAUUGCAGGAAGAUGCGGAAACCUGUUUUAACACCAAAGAAAAGGUGUUCCUCUGCAACAGACCUGAAUCAAGCAGGAUCAGCAGAGGAGAGUGAUGAGGAAGAACCAGACACCCCAUAUGAGGAGUCAUGGAGUGAGGAGGCCAGCCCAGAAUUGCAGGACGACCUGACGGAUGUCUCGUCAGGGGAGAUCCCUCUGGCCACACCAGUGACGACUAUGACGUUACGCAGCAGCAGAGGUUCAGCCCACGUUGCUCAGCCCGAGAGGGAAAGGCGAGUCCAGAAGGCCCUCUCUCUCCUGCGUGCCAGAAGUGAGAGAAGCAAGCAGCAGAUCAAGCAGGCUGCGGAAGAGACGCUCAUCCUGGAGAGCAACCCGCUGGACUGGACAGUGACCGAUGUGGUGCAAUUCAUCCGGCUGACUGACUGCGCUCCCCUUGCCAAAAUAUUUCAACAACAGGAUAUUGACGGUCAAGCUCUCCUCCUACUGACGCUUCCAACUGUCCAGGAAUGCAUGGAACUUAAACUUGGGCCAGCCAUCAAACUGUGCCAUCAGAUUGAACGGGUGAAGGUGGCUUUUUACGCACAGUACGCCAACUGACACCGCCCCUCUGCACAUUUUCUUCUCCGCUUUCUGAGUUUUUAAGGCCCUGCCUGCGUUUCCCAUUUCUGAACUCUUGAUAUUUGGAAGCACUGAGCAUAUGUACAGUGUAUGCAUAGAUGUGCCCACAAAAUGAAAGUAAAAAAGAUCUUGAGCUGAAGUCAGGAAUAUUUUAAGGUGGUGGGCACCACUGCAUGGUCUAGAAGUAACGCAGGCACACAACCAGCUCUUAAUAAAAUAAAAGUUUAAAAUUUUCCCCCAAAUCUUGCAAGAUAACUCUCACCUGUUGUCAUCAGUGUUCCUGCCCAGAAAAGCCAACACUGGCAUCUUCGCUCAUCGUGUCCUGGAUAUUGACUUCUUCACCAAAGAAGACAUCACUGAAAUCCUGCAAAAUUUGGCAAUUUUGAAGUUUCUGCCUUUAAAAAAUUGGGCAGUGGGGGGAUGCCAUGAGGGAGUACUGAAGAGGCCCCACUGUUCACUAUUCACUGUGAAUAGUGAACUUCUCUCCUUGUGUAUUAACACUUACAAAGAGACAGCUGUGCAAAAACAGAUAGGGCAAUGGUUGUGGGUAUAUGAUGAGAGAACCUGGCUGUACUUCGUAGGGAAGUUUCUGCAGCAAGCUCAGGUUGACAUGUAGGGAAAGGAUGCAGCCAAAAUCAAAUAGAAGAAGAUGGCUUUCCGUGAGCUGACGUACGUUUCGUGCACCUUGUAUUUUUCCCCCUACAUUUAGAAGUGUAGAAAUAACAUUUAGGAAUGGCCAUGAUGGGAAGGAGGUUGAGUGGGGUUCGCUCCCUUGGAUGAGCCAUCAAGCAAGACAAAAAUGUUGUUCUGGCCCUGAUUUUCCUUGGCCGCUGCCCUCUUAUGAUUCCAGAGCUGUGUUGGGAUGAUUCCUUGAUUAAUACUGCAUGUCAUUCAUUAUUUAGUCAU